GAGUUAAGAAGGGAGUUUCACCUCAAUGGUGUGCAUAAGUCUGGCGAUGUGCUUCUAGGCGGAUUAUUUGAGAUCCACUAUACUUCAGUCUUCCCUGAGCUGACAUUUACCUCUGAGCCACAACAAUUCAUGUGCCAAGGCUUUGACCCUCCAGGGUUCCGACAUGCAAUGACUAUGGCUUUUGCAGUUGAAGAAGUCAACCAAAAUUCAGAAUUGCUUCCCAACGUAACUCUUGGCUACAGUCUGUAUGAUAACUGUGCCACACUUGUCAUUGGAUUCAGUGCGGCUCUGUCAAUGGCCAGUGGGCAGGAGGAUAGGUUUCUGCUCAGAGAUGAUUGUACCGGGACACAAUCUGUACUUGGCAUUGUGGGUGAUUCCUUCUCUACAUUUUCUAUUGCUACAUCAGAUGUCAUAGGGUUAUUUAGGUUGCCUCUAGUCAGCUAUUUUGCCACCUGUUCCUGUUUAAGCAAUCGUCAAAAGUUUCCAUCAUUUUUUAGAACAAUCCCCAGUGAUGCAUUUCAGGUUCGAGCAAUGAUUCAGAUUUUAAAGCGUUUUGGGUGGCGAUGGGCUGGACUUCUGGUCAGUGAUGACGAUUAUGGUCUACAUGUGGCCAGAUCAUUUCCAUCAGACUUAGCUCAAGCUGAUGGAGGCUGCCUAGCCUACACAGAAGUCUUACCGUGGGGGGAAGACCAAGCAGAGCUGAGUCGGAUUGUGAAUAUUAUGAAGAAAUCCACUGCACGUGUGGUUAUUGUGUUUGCACACCAGAUCCACAUGAUCCAACUCAUGAAAGAGGUGGUGGUACAGGAUGUGACAGGUUUGCAGUGGAUUGCCAGUGAAGCCUGGACAACAGCUACUGUGUUACAAAUACCACAACUUAUGCCAUAUUUGGGGGGGACACUGGGGAUUGCUAUCCGCAGAGGUGAAAUACCAGGACUAAGAGAAUAUUUGUCAAAACUGCAGCCAAAUUUUUUUGAUGAUCCCACUGGAAAUAACAUGAUGAUCCAGUUUUGGGAGCACACAUUUGAAUGUAAAUUUGCCCCAGCUCCUGCAGAGUGGACAAAAGCUGGAGGAGCUUUGUGCACUGGACAUGAAGAUCUCCAGAACAUAGACACCGAGUUCCUGGAUGUGUCCAACCUCAGACCAGAGUAUAAUGUGUAUAAGGCUGUGUAUGCUUUAGCUCAUGCUCUAGAUCAGCUGCUGCGCUGUGAACCAGGGAGAGGGCCUUUCUCUGGAAACAGCUGUGCCACUCUGCACACACUGGAGCCAUGGCAACUCAUGUAUUACUUGGAAAAAAUAAAUUUCACCAUCUUUGGGGAUCAAGUAUCUUUUGAUGAGAAUGGAGAUGCUUUACCUGCAUAUGACAUUAUGAACUGGAUGGUGAUCCCAGAUGGAAAAAUAACAGUUCAAAAUGUUGGUGUGUUUAAAAAAUAUGACUUCAAGGGAGAAGAAAUGACACUUGAUGAGGACAAAAUCUUCUGGAACUUUCAGUCCAAAGGGCCAACAGUGUCUGUGUGCAGUGUGAGCUGUCCUCCAGGCACUCGCAUGGCCCAAAAGAAAGGAAAACCUGUCUGUUGUUUUGAUUGCAUCCCAUGCUCUGAUGGAAAGAUCAGCAACACCACAGAGGACUUCUGGUCCAGUCCUGCUCGUGACCAGUGUGUUCCUAAGAAAACAGAGUUCCUGUCCUACCAUGAGCCUCUGGGGAUCUGCCUGACCACAGCCUCAUUGCUGGGAGCAUUUAUUUGUGCUGUUGUGUUUGGCAUCUUCACAUAUCACCGCAGCACACCACUGGUCAAAGCCAAUAAUUCAGAAAUGAGCUUCCUGCUCCUGGUGUCUCUCAAACUGUGUUUCUUGUGCUCACUGCUGUUCAUCGGACGUCCCAGACUGUGGACAUGCCAGCUGAGACAUGCAGCAUUUGGGAUCAGCUUUGUUCUGUGUGUCUCUUGUAUUCUGGUGAAAACCAUGGUGGUGCUGGCUGUGUUCAAGGCCUCCAAACCAGGAGGUGGGACCACCUUGAAGUGGUUUGGUGCAUUACAGCAGAGGGGGACUGUAUUUGCUCUUACAUCGGUUCAAGCCGUCAUCUGCGUUGCAUGGCUUGUAUCUGCCUCACCAGCACCUCAUAAAAACAUCAAAUAUCAUAAUGACAAAAUCAUUUAUGAAUGUGUAGUUGGCUCAACUAUGGGGUUUGCUGUUCUUCUGGGUUACAUUGGUUUAUUGGCUUUGUUGAGUUUUAUGUUAGCAUUUCUGGCCAGGAAUCUCCCUGAUAAUUUCAAUGAGGCCAAGUUCAUCACGUUCAGCAUGCUGAUCUUCUGUGCUGUGUGGGUGGCCUUUGUCCCUGCUUAUGUCAACUCUCCAGGUAAAUACGCAGAUGCAGUGGAGGUGUUUGCCAUCCUGGCCUCUAGUUUUGGUCUCUUGGGGGCGCUGUUUGGACCUAAAUGUUACAUAAUAUUACUGAGACCAGAGAGGAACACAAAGAAGGCAGUUAUGGGUCGAGGAAUCAAUACAUGA